CGCUUCUUAAUAACUUAAAACUUUCAGAUAAUUAAUAGUAAACAAUUAAAUAAAUCAUAAUCUAUUUUUUAAACGUCUAACUAGGUAUUUUUUUAAAAAUAAAAAUAUUAAUUGAUCAUUAAUAUUAUUUGCAUUAACGAUGUGACGUAGUAUAUACACUCACUUCAUUAUCCUUUUAAAAAAAUAUGUAUCUUAUAAUUUUUUAACACGGAAAAUACUUUAGGUUAGCAUGUGCUCUUUCAAAAAUAAAAAACUUAACCUGUCAAAUACAAACUAAUAAAGUGAAUUAAAUCAGCUACAGUCACGGUUCACUGAAGGCUUCUCUCCUUAUUCUAUUCCCUCCUGACAUUUUUACAUACAGCUUUGAGCACAGAGAGAGAGAGAAAGAAGCAAUAGGAAGCCCUCUUUCUCUCUCUAAAGGAAAGCUGUUCAGACCAUAUUGUGCAUCCAUAACCAGAUUGGAAGACUUCCCUCCAAAUUGCAAGCAGCCACAACAGAAGAAGAAGAAGAAGAAGAAGAAGAACCCUAGAAAAUCUCAGUGUGAGUCCGUACAUUUCCACAUCAAUUCAGCCUCCAGGUUAUGUUUUAUUCCUGUAAAUAUCAAACAAACUGCUUGAGAAAGGAAACCACUUUUUUCAAUUGUUUUGUAUCCUUUUCUCUCGUUUCUCCUGAGCACCAAACAGAGACGGAAACGUUUUGUUAGUUAUGUCGGGUAAUCGUGAAAUUGAUGAUGGUCCUGAUACCGAAAUGAGUGGCUACUUUUUUGGCAAUGAAUGCUACGGCGGAGAGAGUAAUGAUGAUGAUGAUGAUGAUGACGGUGAUGGUGAUGGUGAUAUGAAUGCUGUUGAUGAAGAGGAAAUUAGCAGAAUUCUUGCAAAGUUAGUCUGCACUGAUGAUGACUUUACGCCUAGGGUUGUAGAAGAUCAAUCCUUCCUAAACUUUGCACAUUCCCUCAAUCCUCUGGCCAAAUUGGGAAGUGUUGAAACUCUCAAAAGCAAUUGUUUGGAGUUCUACAGGGAAGAGAAAGUGAAGAUUAAACAUAUUUUGGAAAAAUAUGAUGGGCAGAUUAGCCUUUCGGUUGACAUAUUAAGGAGUCCGUCCAGGCAAGAAUAUAUGUGCCUAACCACACAUUUUAUUGAUGAUAAGUGGAAACUCAAGAAAUGGGUUAUCAUUUGUCGUGUUCUUUUGAAGGAUGUGCUUCCAAAAGCCAUCCAGAAGUCGCUUACAUAUUGGAACAUAGGAAGCAAGAUCUCCACGAUCACUUUGAAACAUAACAGUUACAACGAUGAAACAGUUGAGAUGGUGAAAGAUCACAUUCAGAAAUCGAAGACGCUUCAACUUAAUGGUCAGCUAUUUCAUGUCCAUUGUUGUGCCGACUUGUUUAAUGAAAUGGUGCAAGGUGCGUUUGAUGAAAUAUCUAAAAUUAUUGACAAAGUUCAGGAGCUAAUUAGUUGGGGGAAUUCGUUGCCUUUGUGGUAUAUCACGACCUCAAGGCUAGAGAGUGCUUUAGAGUUGGAGUCUAUGGGAGAAUUUUCUUCACAAAAAGUGCUUGAUGCUUAUGAUGUACCAUCUGCUGAUGAAUGGGAGAAAGUUCGACUGAUUUGUAAACUCGUGGACAAAAUGCACAAGGUAGCAAAAAUGUUGUUUGAGACAAAGUAUCCAACUGCUAGCAUAUAUCUUGGUAAUCUUCAAGAGCUUCGUAUGAGUCUGACUCGGGAGGCUUCAAGCUCAGAUAGUUUCAUUAGUGCUGUUGCUGAGAAAAUGCUUAAGCAGUUUGAUGAGUAUUGGAAGGAUAUGUAUUUGGUGUUGGCAUUAGCUACAGUAAUGGAUCCCCAGUGUAAGAUGAAGUACAUAGAAUACUUAUCUAUGAAAGAUGAGGGUGGUAACAAUGUUACCUCGCAAGUUUCAACCAUCUUGAAGGCCAUUUGCACCCUUUUUGAUGAUUAUUCAACCCAUUUUCUUGGAAAAGUAAACUCAGCAAGCGAUUCAACUUCUUCAGGCUCUGAAGAGGUGGAAUGUCCUGAUUCUGACUCUAAAGAGGAGGUUCCUGUGACCAAAAAAAGUAAGAUUCAAGAGGUUUCUAUACAAGUUGAGGAAGGACCUAUCAAUCCAAAUCGUUCUAGUCAUUUGCAAGACUAUCAACAGUUUAUCCAAUCUACUAGUCAGCCUCCCAAGUCAGAACUAGACUGGUAUUUGGAGGAACCAGUCUUACCUUGGAGUGACCAUUUCAACAUAUUAAAAUGGUGGAGAGCUGCAAGUCCCAAGUAUCCUGUCCUCUCCCGGAUGGCUCGUGAUUUUUUGUCAAUUCCAUUAUCCGUUGUAACUUCAUAUGAUGCCUAUUAUACAAAGGAAAGAGAAAUUGAUCGGCGUCUUAUUUCUUCAGGGCCAGUUGUAAUGAAUGCCUUGAUGUGUACUCGAAGUUGGCAUCGAAAGCACUAAACAUCUACCUUCAGGGUGCGUAAUUUUACUUUCCAUUCGUGCACUUUCAUUUUUUUUUGCAAAUUCAAUUACACAUGGUUAUCACCACACCAACUACCUUCAGGGUGCGUAAUUCUUAAUGUUGACAACAGGUACUCCUUUUGGUUGUUGCUGCUGUUUCAGGACUGCUAAUCAUUAUCAUUUGGCCAACAUGAGAAAUUAUUUUGUUUUGUCUGUUUUGUUUGAUAAGCUCCAGUCAUAUAUGGAUGCUGAAUUUUUGCUCAUUGGAGCUCUUAACUGAUGCUUUAAUUUUUGGGAUUCUAAACAGUCCAUGAAUAGCUUAUGGUAUUUCAUAUGGUACCCUUUAAAUUUUGUUUGCCUAAAGUAA